CGAUCCAGUCGUCUUCAACCUCCAGCCGCGAGCCAGUACCAGGAGCAUUCCGUUCCGAAGAUCCAGAUGGCUGAAGCUCAAAAUGCAGCCCCAUGUGUCCCCGAGUCUGUAUUGAAGAAGCAGAAGAGGGAGCAAGAGUGGGCUCUGGUCAAGAAACAAGAAAUUGAUGCUACCAGGAAGAAGAAUCUCCUUAAACGAAAGGUCAUUUACCAGAGAGCUAAGCAAUACAGCGAGGAAUACGAAAAACAGCUUCGGGAUAUUGUACUGUUCAAGCGUCAGGCUCGCCUGAAAGGAGGCUUCUAUGUCUGCCCUGAACCCAAAUUGCUGUUCAUCAUACGUAUCCGUGGUAUCAAUGCGAUGAACCCAAACACCAAGAAGAUUCUGCAGCUUCUUCGUCUCAGGCAGAUAUUCAAUGGUGUGUUCCUGAAGGUUAACAAAGCCACAACCAACAUGUUGCACAGGGUUGAGCCAUAUGUGACCUUUGGGUACCCUAACUUGAAGAGCGUUAGGGAGUUGAUCUACAAGAGGGGAUAUGGCAAGGUCAAGAAGGACAGGAUCCCCUUGACCGACAACUCCAUCAUUGAGCAGGUGCUUGGCAAGCACAACAUCAUCUGCAUUGAAGAUCUGGUCCAUGAGAUCUUCACAGUGGGGCCACACUUCAAGGAAGCCAACAAUUUCCUGUGGCCGUUCCAACUCAAGGCGCCGCUCGGUGGCCUCAAGAAGAAGCGAAACCACUAUGUGGAAGGUGGAGAUGCUGGAAACAGGGAGGAUUACAUCAAUGAAUUGAUCAGAAGGAUGAACUAAAUCCAAGGCUCUUCGGCAUCUGCUUGCUAAGAGUUUGAAACUUUGUUUUGUUUUUUAUUUGGUGUUUAGUUUAUGUUUGAACUGCUUGAAGUUAAUGGGUCUGCAUUUUGAAACUCAUGUCGGAUUUAUUUUAGUGCUAAUCAAGUUUUGCAUUCUGCUACGGGGAAUGCUUCUUUGAAAGGACAAAUCAACUCAAUUUUUGCAUUCCUUGUGAAAUAAAUGGAUUUAGUAAAAUAUACUCUGCAUUCGGUUUAACCCAUAUAGACAUUUUACACUCUAAGAGCAUUUGGUUACUAGAGUGUAAAACCAAGUGCUAAACAAUUGAAAGCAAUUGAUUGUAAGGAUUGGUCAUCCU